AUGAGGAGGCAGGGCAUCACCGCCAACUCUGCCGGCACCCACGACGGCUACUACUACUCUUGGUGGUCUGAUGGUGCCUCACCCGUCACUUACACCAACCUUGCCGGCGGCUCUUACAGCGUCGACUGGCAGUCCGGCGGUAACCUCGUCGGCGGCAAGGGCUGGAGCCCCGGCAGCGCCAAGAACAUUACCUACUCCGGUACCUGGACUCCCGUAAACAACGGCAACGCUUACCUCACCAUCUACGGCUGGACCAAGAACCCCUUGGUCGAAUACUACAUCAUCGAGAACUACGGAGAGUACAACCCCGGCGGCUCGGCCACCCCAAGGCAGCCAUCAAUUGAGGGAACCUCCACCUUCAACCAAUACUGGGCCAUCCGUACCGAGAAGCGCACCGGCGGUACCGUUGACACCGGCGUCUUCUUCGAUGCCUGGACCAAGGCCGGCAUGCCCCUCGGCACCCACGACUACAUGGUUGUCGCCACCGAGGCUUACAGGAGCGCCGGUAGCUCGCGCAUCACCGUCGAGACUCCCCUUAAAUGA